UGCUGCUGUGAGGGCAGACCAAACAGCAGCAGAACGACAGAGAAAGAGGGAAAGAAAAAGAGAUAUAAAGAAAAAGGAGUGAAGCAUCAGCACUGCUCGUCACAGGGACUACAUAUUCACCACAGUGUCUUUUGAAAAUAAACAACAGGAAGAAUGCCUCUUGCAGCCUACAGAGAAAAGAUGAGGGAGCUCCCUCUAGUGUCCAUCUUCUGUUCCUGCAUCCUACCUGAACCCAAAGAAAAACCCAACAAGAAAGAAGGUGUGGUGGACCUGAACCUGUGCAUCAUCAGGGACAUGGAGGUGAUUGAGUUGAACAAGAGGAGGUCUGGUCAAGCUUUUGAGGUCAUCCUGAAGCCCCCAUCGUUCGAUGGGGGUCCCAACCCCCUUGCCACCACACCUCCACGCAGGGAGCCUUCCCUGGAGGAGAUCCAGAGAAAGCUGGACGCCGCCGAGGAGAGGAGAAAGUGCCAAGAGGCCGAGUUGCUGAAGCACUUGGCCGAGAAGCGAGAACACGAGCGUGAGGUCGCCCAGAAGGCAUUGGAGGAACACAACAACUUCAUCCGGCUGGCCAAGGAGCGCCUGGAGCUACGCAUGGAGCACAACAAGGAGAAACGGGAGGCGCACCUGGCUGCCAUGCUGGAACGCCUGCAGGAGAAGGACAAGCAUGCUGUGGAGGUGUCAUGACGGCCUGAUCACAACACGAGCUGAACUUAUUUCGGAAGCCAUUUUCGGAGGCCAUCGUGAAGGUCGUUUUCCAGCCUGUUCAGACCGUAGCACUCUGGGUUGAGUCGUUUGAAGGAAACACUUUGAGAUUAUCAUAUUCUUACGGCGACACGAGAGACGCGAUCAAGGCGAACGACUGAAGCGGACUGGUUAAUGUGCCUGUUUUACGAACUUACCAGUAUGAAAAAAGAAAUGCUAAAAGACGAAGCUGAAACAUAAAUGACGGAUGACGUCCUCGUUCCCUUCAUCAAGGUUCUGCUCAGGAUUCUUUCUGCUAUUUGGUGGUGGUCUGCCAGUGCCAACGAUGUGUAUGUGUGGAGUUCACUGUUGGAAUAGCAUGUAUGUAUGUAUGUAUGUAUGUAUGUGUGUGUGUGUGUGUGUGUGUGUGUGUGUGUGUGUGCUUCAAUAAAAACACUUUGAUAUAAUUCAUUGUUGUGCUUUGAGCUUACACCUGCAGGAGAAAGGAUUAACUCUAAUGUCAGCACUAGUUUGGUUUGUAAACUUGAGUCUGUUUGGAGCCAUCGUUGUAAAUCCUCUGACAUCAGUGGAUGUCAGGUUAUGAUGCGGCCGCUUGUUGUUGUACAGAAAUUGCUAUAUUUUAGAUUAAAACAAAUUUCAAUUAAAGGAACUCUUUUUGGAA